CAAAGAGCAACAUGCAUUUUAGAAACUUCAACUACAGUUUCAGUUCUCUGAUUGCCUGUGUGGCUGACAGUGAUGUCUUCAAUCAAGCAGAAACAAGGGCCAAAUUCGAAUCGCUGUUUAGAGCGUAUGACAGAGAUAUCACCUUUCAGUAUUUUAAGAGCUUCAAAAGAGUGCGAAUAAACUUCAGUAGCCCUUUAACUGCAGCAGACGCUAGAAUCCAGUUGCACAAGACAGAGUUCCUUGGGAAGGAAAUCAAACUCUAUUUUGCUCAGACUUUGCACAUUGGAAGCUCACAUUUAGCACCACCGAACCCAGACAAACAGUUUUUGAUUUCACCUCCUGCUUCUCCACCUGUUGGCUGGAAGCAAGUAGAAGAUGCUACUCCGGUUAUAAACUAUGAUCUUUUAUAUGCUAUCUCCAAGUUAGGGCCAGGAGAAAAGUAUGAACUACAUGCUGCAACUGACACUACUCCUAGUGUUGUUGUCCACGUCUGUGAGAGUGACCAAGAAAAUGACAUGGAAGAAGAAGCAAAGAAACCCAAACCAAAAAUUAUUCAGACAAGAAGACCAGAUUAUACUCCUACCCAUUUAAGCUGAACUGCUCUGGUUUUUGAAGGGUUAUAAGCAGAUGUGUGCAAGGGAAACAUUUACUAUGGAAAUAGCUGGUCACAAAUUUGGUGGUAACAGCAGCAGUUGUAGUAGGAGAAAUUCCAGUGUAAGGUUUGCUCAGAAAAAAAAUAGGAAGUUUCCUCCUUGUUUCUAAUGCUGCCUGUUGAUUGAUGUUAUGAGUGUAUUCCCAGAUUGCUGGGAAUGAAGAUAGGCAGGAAAAGACAUUUUGAGAAGUGACAAAACUGAAACUGGUAUGGGCUUAUUUUGCGGGGUACUGUUCCAUUAUAAAGCAGCUGGGGAUAGCUUUCUUUGUUCUGUCUCAUGUAAAUCCUCAAACAUAUAGACUAGCCAUUUUGUGAAGUACAUAGUGACAACAGAGGUGGUUUUAAAGGUUAAGGUAUGGGAACUGUAAAACUAUUUCUUAUGAUAGAUUUUGUGCAUGUGUAUUUUUGCUCUUCUAAAACAACUUUGCAUUAUUUUCUAAAAUUUCUCACUUCAUGUUUUUGGAAAUCUGGGGGUUUGUUUAAAGUAUUUAUUAUCUAAACAUCCCAGAGUUAUUACUAAAUGUGUAUAUACAUAUAUAUUUAUAUUUGUUUUUAUUGGCACUCCUUUUCCAGCAGGCAUACGAUUUAUCUGGCACCUUACUUUGGUGCUAUGUAACUUGUGCUUUUAAAAUUUUAACCUCUUAAAUGCUUAUGUAAGGUUUUGUCUGGAAAAAGUUAUGAAAAAUAUGUGCAAUAGCAAAGUUAUUUGAGUAAGUUGAUUUUAAAUUAUUUAAGUUUAAAUAAUUUAUAUCUUCAAUAACAUUUGUUCAGUAACUGACUUUCUCCUUCAGAAAAAAAGUAUUCUUAAAUGUAUAAAUAAAGCUGUAUUGUUGUAUAUUCAUAGCAACAUA